UCAAUUUUACAAGUUAAGUUUGUGAGUCUUGAGGUGGUAGAACUCUCUCUCAUGGCGUUUUUCUGUUAUUAUUUUAUUUGUAUCCCUCGUUAAGAUUCUGGGUAUCCAUCAAACCAAUAUCUUUAGGAAAACAGCUGUUUUUUUUUUUUGGUUGGGUUUAUGGGAUUGGUGCAGAGUUAGAGUAUAUGGAGGUUUGAAGUUUUAUACCUUUUUCUUCUUAGUGGGUCCUCUCCAUCUUUUCCGCCUCUGUAAAUGACAGCCUAAUCAACAGCCUGGAAAGGGUGGCCAUAGCCGGACCAAAAGAGAAAAACAUCAGCUUGGUGGGAUUCAUUUCAUGUUGUCUCAACUGGGUUUUACUUGCUUUUUGAUUCAAGGAUAACCCAAUUGUCUUUCUAUCUCUUUCUCUCUCCACUUUGUUUUUGGAUGAGGUAAGAAUUCUGAGAUAACUAAAGUUCUUGUCUUCUUUAUUUUGGAUUACUCUAAACAAAGUGUCUGGUGCUGUUAUGUUUGAGCAAAGUUUAAGCUCUUGUCUUGUUUUCCAUUGCUAAUGUUUAUUUGGCAUUGAUUUAGAUCUGGGGUUUCUGAAGUUGGGUAUUCUUUGUAUUAGUUAUUGAAGAACUGGGUGGUUGGGUUGUGAUUGUGAAUUUGAGGGAAUGUAACUUUUGUAAUUUGAAAUCUUGGUAGAGUGGUUGGGUAUUAGUUCUGGAAGUUAUUUGGGCUGUUGGGUUGGGAGCUUAGGUAUUCUUUUGGAAGUUCAUUAGAUUAUUGAGGAUCUGGGGUUUUAAUUAUUAGUGAAAAUGAAGCUAGUUCAAUGGCUACCUAUGGUUCUAGUUGUUGUUUUAUUUAUGGGUUGUAGAUCAUCUGCCUUGUUCAAUCCUCUUGAUAACUACUUAAUUACUUGUGGUUCAUCUGGAAAUGUCACCUUUCAAGGUCGAACUUUUGUUCCUGAUUCAGACCAUUCUUCUAUUGUUCUAAAAACUGGAACUUCUAUAGUUGCUACCUCAAAUUCUGGUGUCCCUUCUCCAAUUUACCAAUCUGCUCGAAUAUUCACGGGCAUUGGUUCCUUCAAAUUCGACAUUAAACAGGAAGGCCGGCAUUGGAUCCGCCUUUAUUUCUUUCCUCUUCAAAAAUCAGGCCAAAACUUGGCCUCUGCCUCAAUGAGUGUAGUUACUGAUGACUUUGUGCUCUUGAACGACUUCAGUUUCAAGAACUACAAUGGUUCUUACAUGUUCAAGGAGUAUGCCAUCAAUGUGACAUCGGAUGUUUUGACUCUCUCCUUCAUUCCAUCAAAUGACUCAGUUGCGUUUGUUAACGCAAUUGAGGUUGUCUCUAUUCCGGAUUCGGUUCUACCUGACCAGGCAUUGGCUGUCAAUCCAUCUUCUCCUUUCAGUGGUCUAUCUGGAUUAGCAUUUGAGACUGUUUACCGAUUAAACAUGGGAGGUCCUUUGAUUACUUCUCAGAAUGAUACGCUUGGAAGAACAUGGGAGGACGAUGAGAAAUAUCUUCAUGUGAAUAGUUCUGCAGUGAAAGUUUCAGUAAAUCCUAUCAACAUCAAAUACCCUGCUGCUGUCACACCGGAAACGGCGCCAAAUUGGGUUUAUGCUACUGCUCAAUCCAUGGGAGAGUCAAAUGUUACCAAUGAAAACUUUAACAUAACUUGGGUCUUCACUGUCAAUCCAAGUUAUAUGUAUUUUGUUCGGGUACAUUUCUGUGAUAUUGUGAGCAAGGCUUUGAACACUCUAGUUUUCAAUCUUUACAUAAAUGAUGAUGCUGCACUUACAAGUUUCGAUAUGUCAUCCAUUACUGGUGAUUUGGAUGUGCCAAUUUACAAAGACUAUGUUUCCAAUUCAUCUGAAGGUUCAGAUAGCUUGACAGUUAGUGUUGGUCCAGAUUCAGCUGCUGAUGUUACUGAUGCCAUUAUGAAUGGAUUGGAGAUUAUAAAGAUUAGCAAUGAAGCUGGAAGCUUGGAUGGCCUUGCAUCUGUUGACAAAAUCCUUCCUAGUUCACCUUCAAAGAACAGGAAGACUGGAAUCAUAAUUGGUUCUGCUGUAGGAGCUGUGGCUGCUGUGGCAUUAAUUGGUGUUUGUUAUUGCUGCUUGGCUUCCCGCAAGUCAAAGACUACUCCUAAUCAAGGGCAUCCAUGGCUUCCUCUGCCCUUGUAUGGUAACUCUCAGACCAUGACAAAAAUGUCCACGACUUCGCAGAAAAGUGCAACAGCUAGCUGCAUCUCGUUGGCUUCAUCCAAUCUUGGUCGUUUGUUUAUGUUUCAAGAGAUCCUAGAUGCAACCAACAAGUUUGAUGAGACCCUACUUCUCGGGGUCGGUGGUUUUGGUAGGGUUUACAAGGGAACACUUGAAGAUGGGACGAAAGUAGCAGUUAAAAGAGGAAAUCCCAGAUCUGAACAGGGUCUUGCUGAAUUCAGAACUGAGAUUGAAAUGCUAUCCAAGCUCCGCCAUCGUCAUCUUGUGUCUCUUAUUGGGUAUUGUGAUGAAAGGUCAGAAAUGAUUCUUGUCUAUGAAUAUAUGGCCAACGGACCUCUGAGGAGCCAUUUGUAUGGAACAGAUCUACCGCACCUAUCAUGGAAGCAACGGCUAGAAAUUUGUAUCGGUGCUGCAAGGGGGCUCCACUAUCUUCACACUGGGGCUACUCAAAGCAUCAUUCACCGAGAUGUGAAGACAACAAACAUCCUCUUGGAUGAGAAUUUUGUUGCCAAAGUUGCUGAUUUUGGCCUGUCAAAAACAGGUCCUUCCCUUGAUCAGACCCACGUAAGUACAGCUGUGAAAGGUAGCUUUGGUUACCUUGACCCUGAAUACUUCAGGAGGCAGCAACUUACAGAGAAAUCAGAUGUGUAUUCAUUUGGGGUGGUACUAAUGGAAGUUCUCUGCACAAGACCUGCUCUAAACCCCGUUCUUCCCAGGGAGCAAGUCAACAUAGCAGAAUGGGCAAUGACAUGGCAGAAGAAGGGAAUGCUAGAUCAUAUCAUGGACCCAAAUUUGGCUGGGAAGGUAAACAUGGCUUCUCUUAAGAAGUUUGGCGAAACAGCCGAGAAGUGCCUAGCUGAGUACGGUGUUGACAGGCCAUCUAUGGGUGAUGUGUUAUGGAAUCUUGAAUAUGCUCUUCAGCUUGAGGAGACCUCAUCUGCACUCAUGGAACCUGAAGAUAACAGCACAAACCAUAUCCCAGGCAUCCAGUUGACUCCCAUUGAGCCAUUUGAUAACAGUGUGAGUAUGAUUGAUCAUAAUUCGGUUACAGAUGAUGAUGCAGAAGACGCUGCCACAAGUGCUGUAUUUUCUCAGCUAGUAAAUCCACGAGGAAGAUAAGAACAAAGGACCCCUUUCGGAUCAAUGAUCAUGGCCAGCGGUGGAUGUCCAUGAAAGAUGUGGUUGUCAUCUUGGCCUCUCAAGAGUGUUUGGAAACAUGCAGAGAAAUGAAGGUUAUUUCUUUUACAUUAUUCUGCUUUAGUGCCUCAUUUUCUUCCAUGAUUAUUUUGUAAUAUAUAGUUAUGGCUGGUGCCAAUUAGUCCAACAGAAAUUGCAUUUGCCUUUUCUUUUUAAAAGAAUUCUAUUGUUGUCCUUGAUACAAUUUACUAUAGUUCUUCAGUUUCUCAGAGGUACAGAUUGAUUGUAUUGGCCUUCAUUAAAUCCAUGUUCAGGAAUGAGUAUAGAAAAUAAAGCAGCUUUUGUGAUCAAA